AUGGUCGGGGCAGGCGAGGGCAAGGUCUUCAAGCGAACACGGCUCGGUGUUGUGCUCCCCAACCUCCCCGAGCCCGUCGCCGUCCUCGAGCGAGGAAAGCCGCUUGGCGUGCUCCAGACGGAGCUCGACGACCACCAGCGCAAGGAGCUCGAUACAAUCCUGUGCAACCUCCAGCGACGACUCGACCAGGCGCUGGCUUCUCUACCGACGUCGCAGCCGCUGCCUCGUUUGCGGGAGGGCGAGGCUACGAGCGAGGUGCAGUUCCCAUGGAGCGCUGCGCUCGUGGCGCGCAAGAUCGCGGAUGCUGUCGCCGCCGAGUCGGACCCGGACCACCCACUCACGCCUUUAGACACAUUGACGAUCGCGCUGGAAGUCGUCCAAGCGUGCUUCAGCGACGACGACGACGGCCAUCGCGUGCAUGUGGGUUGGACCAAGCUACUCGCAGGCCUGCUCGACCGCAUGGAGGCGAUGCUCGUGCGCAAGGCCGCCAAAGAUCGAACGCAAGUCGCGUCGUUUGUCGCCGCGAUCGGCCCCGAGCAAGCGCCGAGCGCGCCGUCUCCGCGGGCGCAGCUACGAGAGCUCAAGCUCGCGCUCGCGUCGCCGCGGCAUCGCUGCAGCAAGCCACCCUCGCUCGCGUUUGAGCUCACCGACAAGGCUGCGUAUGAGACGCGCGCCUCCGCCCGCCGCCUUGAGCUGCCCAAGGUCGCACCCGACAACUCGUACCGGCACGUUCGCCGGUGCCGCGCCUUUCCGCCGACCCGCGUGCCCGAGGACGAAGUCAUCCAGCGCAUCUACAACUACUGCCCCGUCGAGUCGCGCUUCGACUUGCGCUCCGUCUCGCUGAAUCUGCACGCGAUGGACUCGUCCAAGCCGUGGACGGUCGUCGAGUUCCCCAAGGCUCGGCCGCCGCUCUCGAAAGACCAAGUGAACUAUCUCUUCCAGUGGCAGCGCCUGCGCUACGAGAAGCUCUGCACAGCGCAGGCGAUGGAAACCGAGUGCCACGCCAAGCUCACGCUGACGCUCGACUACGCCGACGCGGUCAUGUACGAGCUCUCGCGGCUACUCUUUGACAAGUGCCCGACCUCGAGUCACUUUCUCUACGGUCUUUGGCACGGCGUCUCGAGCACGAUGGCCUCGAUGAACAAGUCGAUCGAAGACGAGAUCGUUGUGCUCAGCCAGACCCUCAAGACCCUCAAAGUGGAAGUCGACCAGCUCGAGCGACGCCACGAGCAGCAGCGUGCGACCAUGGACGUGCUCCAUGGAAAGCUCCAGCACAAGCACAAGAUUGUGGCGGCCGAGAAGGACCUUGGCAUUCGCCUCCGAAACGACCUCAACAAGUAUCUGGCUGCCGAUCAGAUUCUCGUGCGUCUGACGAGCCAGCUCGUCCAGACCGUGCUGGACGCGUUCCCAGACCAGCCGCGCGCCGCGCCCCGCUUCUGCACCGGCAUUGAGAUCGUCGAGGAGCUCCGCCGGUCGCUGGACGCCAAGUUCAGCCUUGCUCAUAGCGAUACGUUUGUGCGGGCGUUCGCAUCCGCGUCUUCAGAGGAUGCCGCGACGCACCAUGGCCAUAGCGUGCUCUCGAGCUUCGAAGCCAGCGCCGUGAGCACGGAGCUUGAAGCAGCGCUGAAGCGCCUCGCCCUCCUCACCACGCUGAGCAGUCCCGACUGCACGCUCGGAUGGGACCCGCAGCUGGUGUGGCAACACGCGUUCUUCAUUCCACCGAUCCAAGAACUGCUUGAAAUGGAAGGCCAGCUGCAAGAGCUCAUCGCGACAGUGGAGAGCCAAUCGAGAGCACCGGUUCGCCGACGCUGCGGCCGAAGUGCCCAAACAGAGACGGCACCGCUCACAGCGCAGAGCACCGGGCCUCGCCACAUAAAGCAAGCUGUGCGCAUGGCGGCCACCGCGCAUGUGGUGGCGCCCUCGUUGGAGCAGACGCCCAACAAGCGCCUCGGAGACCACAAGCGAACAGUGCCUGCAUCGUUCCAGCACUGCGUCCAGCAUUUGCGCGCCGAGUACGUGCCAUACAACUAUACGGUGGCCGCGACGCAUCGGAUCCUCUCGUUCGUCAUCAACGAGAUCAUCCUGCAGCUCUCGAGCGGCGCUUCUGACGGCAGCAAAGCGCAAGCGCCUACGGAGCUCCUCGCCUUGUCGCCGCAAGACAUGGUGUACCGCAUCUUCCUCGAGCGCUUCCGCGUGCCUCGCUUUGCGAACGAGCGGCUCGUGGACCUCGUAACGAGUCUCUCGCACCUCGACACGCAGAGCGAGAAGAUCCAUCUCUGGAGCCGCCUCUUGGGCCUCGCGGGCGUCGACGCGCUCCCGCGCAUGGCGUUUUGGUUUGCUCUGCACGCGUUGCACGUGCUCGCCAAGGUGUCGCACGACGGCUACUACCUCGUCGAGAGCGACGGCGGCGAGUUUGUCGGCCAGCAGCAAGCGUUCGACGCCAUGAACAUCGUGUUGUCGCAUUUCUCGAAUGACGCGCUGCAACGCGCCAAGGCCAAGGUCGCGAGCUUGGCGCAGAUCUACGGGACCAUGUGGAUCCCUCUCUACGCAGUGCUGGCCAUCUGCGUCGACGAGUGGGAAGCGCGCUACGCGACCACCAAGCUGCACAUCGAGACGAGCUUCGGGCAAGCGGUCGACUCGUUCGAGACGUUCCGGACCAUCGUCGCCGGCUUCAACGCCCGCGCGCACCCGUACGCUGCGGCCAGCGCGUACCAAGCGGCGCUGCGGGUGGCGGCGCGGCCCAAGCCGCUGCACUGUAGCGCGGCGUGUUUGGAGUGCGGCGUUGUGCCGAUCGAGGCGAGCGCUCUCUUCGAGAAGACGCUGCUUCUCUUUGCCGCACCGAGCGACGGCAUGCUCCUCCAACACGCCGACCUGACGUACGCCCUUUUGAAAAACGUCUGGGCCGCCACGAGCCACGAGAUUGUCACCGGCAUCGAGCGCCAGACGCACCUCGACAGCACCGCCGGCUUGCGCCUCGUGACACCGCUCGAACACAUUCUGCGCGACGAGCCGCUCCAAGGCACGCACGCGUGGCACCUCUUUCACGAGCUACUGCACAUCGUCCACACCCCCGACGUCCUUGUCUAGUCAAAU